ACACCACACAACACCCUUGUAUAUUAUCACGGUCAAAUUAAAUAUACCUCUGUCAUAAUGAAGUUACUGAUUGCUUUGUGUUUCGUCGCCUUGGUCGGGUUAUCUUUGGCUCAAGGAACAUUAUAUCCCAAUGGCUGUAUCUGGAUUGAAGGGCGAUGUGCCUAUGGAUGUGAAGAUGGUACCCACGAUUACACAACCGGAUGUGAUUACGUGACACCAGAAGCAACCUGCGACAACCCCAACCCGGUACCUGAUAUCGACGCGGGUGAGGUCUGUGACUACACCGCAUGCUACUGCAACUCCCCCACUGUGCGGGAUACUACUACUAACAAAUGCGUGCGUUUGGAGGAUUGCCCUAAGAAGGAGGAGGAAAAGAAAGAGGUAGAAAAGAAAGAGGAGGAGAAGAAAGAAGUAGAAAAGAAAGACGAGGAGAAGAAAGGUGUAGAAAAGAAAGACGAGGAGAAGAAAGGUGUAGAAAAGAAAGAGGAGGAGAAGAAAGAUGUAGAAAAGAAAGAGGGGGAGAAGAAAGAUGUAGAAAAGAAAGAGGAUGACAAGAAAGAAGUAGAAAAGAAAGAGGGGGAGAAGAAAGACGUAGAAAAGAAAGAGUAG